AUGGGCCGUGGUGCAUGUGGAAUCAACAGCUUAUGUAGGCUUGGAGAUGAAGGACCAAUUUGCGACUGCCCUCGUGGUUACACCUCUAUUGAUCCAAACGAUGUGCGCAAAGGAUGUAAACAAAACUUUGUUCCACAAAGUUGUGACCAGGUCUCACCAGAGCAUCUUUUUGACUUUGAAGUCAUGCAAAACACAAAUUUUCCACUUGGAGAUUAUGAGCAUUUUACGGAGGUAACUGAGAAUUGGUGCAGACAGAAUUGCCUAGAUGAUUGUUUUUGUGCUGUUGCAAUUGUCAACUCCGGUGGACACUGUUUCAAGAAGAGACUUCCUUUUUCGAAUGGGAUGAUUGGCCCUAGUGUUAAUGCAAAAGCUCUGAUCAAAUUUGGGAAAGACAACUCUACUUUAAGGUCAGGUGGAGGUGCAAUCACAAAAGAGAAAGAUAAUUCAACUCUGAUACUUGUUGGAUCAGUGCUCAUGAGUAGCUUGGGGUUCCUGAACAUCCUCUUACCAUUAAUAACCUAUUUGGUUGUUUCUCGCGUCUAUUCUAGAAAAGCAAAGGUCACUCAACCUCACCCAGUCAUGUCAGGCAUGAAUUUGAAGGAUUUCACUUAUGAGGAGCUAAAAAAAGUUACGAACGAAUUCAAGGACGAAAUAGGACGUGGUGCUUCUGCAACAGUUUUUAAAGGAGUUUUAGCGUCUGAUACUGGAAGGUGUGUUGCUGUCAAACGUUUAGACGCUAAGGUCAGAGAAAAUGAUUUGGAAUUCAAAGCUGAAAUGAGUGCUAUUGGCAGAACAAAUCACCGAAAUUUAGUCCAGCUACUUGGAUUUUGUAACGAGGGGGAGCACCGAAUUCUUGUAUAUGAGUUUAUGAGCAAUGGCUCUCUAGCAGGCUUACUCUUUGGAGAAUCAAUGCCAAACUGGUACCAGAGAAGGCAAAUUGCCUUGGGAAUUGCAAGUGGGCUUUUGUAUUUGCAUGAGGAAUGCAGCAGCCAAAUUGUUCAUUGUGACAUCAAGCCUCAAAACAUUCUUCUUGAUGACUGUUUCACAGCAAGAAUUUCUGACUUCGGAUUAGCGAAGCUUUUGAGAUUGGACCAGACUCGAAGCAUGACUGCUAUCAGGGGAACCAGAGGGUAUGUGGCCCCUGAAUGGUUCAGAAGCUUACCUAUCACAGUCAAGGUUGAUGUUUACAGCUAUGGCAUUUUGUUGUUAGAGAUUAUUUUCUGCCGGAAGCAUUUUGUAGAAGUGGCAGACAAUGAAGAUGAAAUGAUACUAGCUGAUUGGGCAUAUGAUUGCUAUAUGCAAAAGAAGCUGCACUGGCUCUUCAAGAAUGAUGAGGAGGAAAUCAAUGACAUCAACGAGAUGGAGAAGUAUGUGAUGAUUGCAAUAUGGUGCAUUCAGGAGGAUCCAUCACUCAGACCCACCAUGAAGAAAGUCACACUGAUGCUUGAAGGAACUGUUGAAGUCUCAGCUCCACCUCCUCUUUCAUAAGUUCAAUACUAUAAAUAUGUAUAAUUGUUGUUGUAUCAUUUCGUUUCAUUUGUCUCUCUGUUCUAUUUAUAUCAUCACUUUCCUUGUCAUCCUAGUGAAUAAGGUUUCAUUAAGCUACUCAAAACUUGCUUUCUUGUCAAUGUAUAACUUUGAGCAUAAAUAAAAGGCCAAUGUGCUGCAAACUCGCUUCCCAAA